CGGAUUUUCACUGACUACCACCCUAACUUUUGCUCUGCCUUGAACCAUGGGGAGGACGGCGACAUUGGCAACAUGCACUUUGAAUCAAUGGGCAAUGGAUUUCAAAGGAAAUUUAGCUCGCAUUUCUGAAAGUAUCAGGAUAGCCAAAGAAAAAGGUGCUACUUACCGCCUUGGUCCAGAACUUGAAAUCACGGGCUAUGGAUGUGGGGACCAUUUUCUGGAGAGUGACACGUUUCUCCAUUCGUGGCAAGUGUUGGCUGAAUUACUUUCAAAUCGAGACAACAUGGACAUCAUGUGUGAUAUUGGAAUGCCUGUGAUGCAUAAGAAUGUAGCCUACAACUGUCGAGUUAUCUUUGUAAACAGAAAAGUUUUGUUAAUCCGUCCUAAGAUGACACUAUGUAACGAUGGCAACUACAGAGAAACCAGGUGGUUCACUUCCUGGAAACGCCACAAAUGUACGGAGGAAUACUUCUUACCACGGAUGAUUCAGGAAAUCACCGGUCAGAGGACAGUGCCUAUAGGAGACGCUGUGAUAUCUACAGUAGACACGUGUCUCGGGAGUGAGAUUUGUGAAGAGCUCUGGUCUCCUGAUGGUCACCACAUAGACCUAAGUUUGGAUGGAGUUGAAAUAAUUGCUAAUGGGAGUGGGAGCCAUCAUGAACUCAGGAAAGGUUAUGUUCGAGUCGACUUGAUCAAGUCGGCCACUAUGAAGUGUGGUGGGAUUUACGUAUUUGCAAACCAGCUUGGAUGUGACGGUGAGAGGACGUACUACGAUGGCUGCUCCAUGAUCGCAGUCAACGGGAGGAUCGUCUCUCAGGGGCCUCAGUUUGGUAUCCAGGAAGUGGUAGUGAAUACAGCCACAGUGGAUUUAGAGGAUGUGAGAAUGUACAGAAAUGCUAUUCGAAGUCGGUCUGAAAUGGCAUCUAACGUGCAGUCCUUCCCCAGGGUUCAAUGUGACUUUGCCCUCUCCCAUCAGGAAUUCUUUGAGCCAACCACUGACCCAAUAGAGUGGAAAUACCAUUCCCCCGAGGAAGAAAUCAGCUUGGGCCCAGCUUGCUGGCUUUGGGACUACUUGCGGAGAAGUGGACAGGGCGGAUUCUUUCUCCCACUGAGUGGAGGCAUUGACAGUUCUAGCACUGCCUGUAUCGUAGCUUCAAUGUGCCAUCAGGUGGUUGAUGCUGUUCAGAGGGGAGAUGAGAAUGUUCUGGCUGAUGUUAGAAGAAUAGUAGGGGAUGGAGCCUACACUCCAUCUGACCCCAGUGAACUGGCUGGCAAACUGUUCACAACCUGCUACAUGGGCACAGAAAAUAGUUCUGAAGACACCAGAUCAAGGGCCGCAGAACUGGCUGGGCAGAUUGGGAGCUUCCACCUGUCUAUCAGUAUUGAUGUUGCUGUGGCAGCAGUUCUUGGAGUAUUCACCUCAGCGCUCAAAUUGCUGCCAAAGUUCAAAGCCAAUGGAGGAAGUCUUCGAGAGAAUUUAGCCCUGCAAAAUGUCCAGGCCAGACUCCGGAUGGUGUUGGCAUACCUGUUUGCCCAACUGUGUCUGUGGGCUCGAGGGAGAUCUGGGGGACUGUUAGUCUUAGGGUCAGCUAAUGUGGAUGAAGGACUGAGGGGAUACAUGACAAAGUACGACUGUUCCAGUGCAGAUAUCAAUCCGAUUGGAGGAAUCAGUAAAACGGAUCUCCGGCGAUUCAUUCUAUACUGCUCUCAACAUUUCGGAUAUACUGCUCUCACAAAAAUAUACCGUGCCCCUCCCACUGCGGAGUUGGAACCUCUGAAUCAGGGUCAAAUUGCCCAGACAGAUGAGGAGGACAUGGGUAUGACAUAUGAUGAGCUCUCUCUGUAUGGCCGACUGAGGAAACAAAACUGUUGUGGGCCAUACAGCAUGUUCUGUAAACUGGUUCAUGUGUGGAAGGACCAGUUCUCACCAGAAGAGGUGGCUGAGAAGGUGAAGCACUUUUUCCGUUCCUAUGCGAUCAAUCGCCACAAAAUGACCACGCUGACCCCAUCGUACCAUGCAGAGACCUACAGUCCCGACGACAAUCGCUACGACCACCGGCAGUUCCUGUACAACAUUAAAUGGCCAUGGCAGUUUGAGUGCAUUGAUUCUCAGGCGGAGAAGCUGAUGAUUAUGUAUGAGGAGACAAGGAGAACACGGAACAUGAACAUGAACCACCCCCCAAACAAUUCCAGACAAAACUCGUCCAACCAUGACAGGAACUUGUUCGAGCCGCCCAACGAAGAGCAUGGCACACCAGAUUACGGCAUUGUGGUGUCCAAUCAAAUCUGUAGCAUGGAUAAGAAUAAUGGAGUUUCAGAAGAAUUGGAGUCUGAUGACCAUCAGCCAACUACAGGAAGUCAAGGUCAAAACUUGACUUAUAACAAAGACGCGGAAAUGGAGGCAUUGGAUUACUUCGAGGAAUCAAAAGAAAAGUUGAAAGCAGAGGAUCUGAAAGCUUUGUCAAAUCCAUUCCAAUAUGUCAGUAAUGAUUCGACAAGCCCUUUGUUUGAGCAGAUUGGAUUAUCUCCGGUUCAAAACAUUGAAACGUGUGAGCAUGUCUGGAAUAUUUUAGACCCUCCUUCAACCUGUAAACGUCAUCUUCUCAAUGCAAUGGAGGGAGAACUUCAAUCCAAGAGAUCUAGAAUUUUAGUCACUGUUUAAGCUAGCUUCAGUUAUGAAAUUUUGGUGAAAAAUAAUGGGUAAAUGACAAGUUAUUUUUUAAGAACGAUUAACUGGUAGUACAUGUACUAUCACAUAUUUUUUAUAAAAAUUACUAUUGAGAUAUUUUUAUCCCUUAUUGCUUUAUAUUAACAAGUAUUAGGUAAUUGGUGAAAAUCUAGUCCAUAUACACAGUGGGUAAUUAUUCAAGUGCGUGCUGUAUACUCAGUAUAUGUGAACAUCUACAUGCUAUGUAUAUGUUAUUACUCUUAGUAACCUCAUAUCUCUAAGUGAAAUCCUUAUUAAGAAUGAAUUAUGAAUAUUGUUGUUGGAUAUUGCCUUUAUGCAAAUAUAUGGUUGUUGGAUAUUGGCUUGAUGCAAAUAUAAAGAUUUUUAGGAAUGUAGUAUCAUAAAUUAUCUUACUACUGCUGAAGGCAUCUGUGAUGUGUAGAUAUAGACUGAACAUAUCCUAUUGUUGUGAGAAUUUUCACGAAGUAUUACAUGUAGUGAAGUUUAAUAUUUAGUAAACAUUCCAAUUAAGUAAUUUUGAUAAUUUUUUUUGAGAUCUCUGUUGAUUUUUUUUGAUCUCACAUUUUUCUCCUUUGAAAGAUUUCUGAAUAUCAACUUUUAGUCUCUCCCUAUGACAUACUACUAUCCAACUUGUUUCUCUAUUCAAGUUUCAUUGCAUAAAGUAUAUUUUUAUGACUGAAAAUAAUUUUUUUAACACAUUUUAGCUUCAUGCACAAUGUUAUACAUCCUUGGAAACCAACAGCCAGUCUGGAAUUCGCUCACUGACAAUCAGCAAGCAUGUGCAAGACUGGCCGUGGGUUUCCGACGAUGAAUGUUUUAGUGUUUUGCACAUGUCUAUGAAUUGCUUGUCACAGUGAAUGAUUUUGUUUUUUGUCUGAACUUGUAGCAUACCAUUUUUUUUUGUUCCCGAUAAAAGUAUUUUGAAUAGUGCUAUGUGGUGUAAUAAAACGUGCUUUUUAUGUAGAAUCAAAGUUUACAUAAAAAUAUCUUGAAUUAAUUUAAAUUGAUUUUCAAAUAAUGGAAUGCUACAAAUAUAUUCAUGUAUAUUUGAUAUUUAGAAAAUUAUAUUUUCCCCAAAGGAUAGCUGUUUAAAACAUGGAUGUUUAUUUUUUGUUUUAGAUUAUGUGAAUCCUUGCUUAAAAAACAAAUAAAUACACAUAAUUAUUAUUUACCAUGUAUAAAUAUGUUUUGUAAAAACAAGUUGUACAAUACCUGUAAUCAGUUCAAAGGGUGAAAGUUUACACAAUAGCAUUUUGUGAAUGUCAUAUAUAAAGUACCCCUAUUAGGUAAUGUCCUUGUGUGCAGUAAUAAUGGAAAGUGUGUAAGAACAACCUUCUUUAGUUGUGUUUUUUGUUGAUUUGUUGAUUAGAAUAAGACUUGAUUAAACAGGCUUUGUCAGUAAAUAAAUACAUGUAACAACACUA